AUGGCUUUUGCAAAUGUAACCAAAAUAUGGAAGGAAGCUUCUUCUAUUGUGCUGGCAAACGUCAAAACGCGAAAAAUUCUGAUGCUCAAGCGUGGAAGCACCGCAAAAUUCAUGCCCAACUCGAUGGUUUUUCCCGGGGGAGUGGUCGAAGACGUCGACAAGAAGCUUGGAGAUCCUUCCAGAAUUUGUGCGCUUAGGGAAUUGUUCGAGGAGUCCGGAAUCCUGCUAACCAAGGAUGGCUUCGAGUCGUCCGUUGAUGAUGGUGAUCUUCGGGCAAUUAAAGACAAUGUCAAAACCGAUUCCAAUGUGUUCUCGAAGGUCGCACACAAAUUCAGCACGGAUCGUCUUCUCGACUUUGAGACGUUCUUGACGCCGGCGACAGCCGCCAGAAGGUACUACACCAAAUUCUUCCUCGGCGUCUUGAACGAAGAGCCGAAAGUUGAUCUAUGCACAUCGGAGAUGUCGGAAUACUGCUGGAUUGAUCCCAUUGAAUGUGUUGAGCAAGCAUUUGCUGAACAAUUCAUACUUCCACCGCCACAGGUUUAUAUGCUAACAAGAUUGUCACAGAUCAAAAAUUGGGAGGAUUGCGAUAAAUAUUGCAAUCAGACGCCGAUUUGUCCGCAGCCGAUUCACACGGAAACCGAGUUGAUCCAUAAUGUCUUUCCAGGCGAUCAUUUGUAUAUUAAUAACGAUUGUUUCGUUCAACCUGGUCGUCAAAUGAAGCUAGAAGAGCUGAAAAUUCUGAAAACGCUUCCAACACAUCGAGUCGUUUACAAGAAGAAGCCGGUUUACGCGCGUUGCGAGGUUUACAUGCACAAUUUGAAGGAAGAGGAUGCGAAGAAGUUCCAUCAAUUCGAGACUCAUUCGAAAUUGUUGUGA